AUGACCAAAUUCCGUCCUUGUAUCGAUCUCCACUCGGGUCAAGUUAAGCAGAUUGUUGGAGGGACACUGAGCAAUGUCCCUGCGGAUUUAAAGACGAACUAUGUUUCUAAACUACCGGCUAGUCAUUACGCAGAACUGUACCAAAGACACGACCUACGUGGAGGUCAUGUUGUGAUGCUUGGUUCAGGCAAUGAUGCAGCAGCAAAAGAGGCACUGAGCACAUGGCGGAGUGGCUUGCAGGUCGCCGGUGGAAUCACCGAUAAGAAUGCUCAGUAUUGGAUAGACCAGGGUGCCGAGAAGGUUAUAAUCACAUCAUUCCUCUUUCCAGAGGGCAAAUUCUCUCUUGAAAGAUUGGAAUCGGUUCUUUUGGCUCUUGGAGGUGACAGGUCGAAACUGGUUCUAGAUCUGAGCUGCCGAAGGAAAGACAACACAUGGUUCGUGGCUAUGAACAGGUGGCAGACCAUAACAGAAAUGGAAAUCAAUCAAGAAUCCAUCUCGCUACUGGAGCCAUACUGCUCGGAAUUUCUUAUUCACGCUGCAGAUGUGGAGGGGCUACAACAAGGUAUAGAUGAAGAAUUAGUGUCUAAGCUCUCCGAGUGGUGCUCUAUACCGGUUACGUAUGCUGGCGGUGCACGGAGCCUAGAAGAUCUUGAGAAGGUUCACUCAAGUAGUCGAGGAAAAGUGGACUUAACUAUCGGCAGCGCGUUGGAUAUCUUUGGUGGUUCUGGUGUGACAUUCGAUGAAUGUAUUCAAUGGAAUGAGACUCACUAAAUGAGUGGUAGCUUAGAAAUGUGCCGGUGUAGCUGGCCCGGU